CCGCGCGACCCCACCAGUGACCUGCGAGAGGGCACUCCUGCCACACACACAACAUCCUCGCCGUUCGCCGCCACUUGUGGUAGUCUUCCGGACUAUUUCCCCCCUUUUCCGUUUCCCACCUUUCCCAUUUUCGCGUAUCGACGGUUUUUUCUCCACGUCCAGUUGCGGGCGGAACGAGUCGUCGCCGGGGAAUCGUUCCGAAAUUUUGAGUUACAGAUGAUUCCGAAGUUCAAUGCUUUGGCUUUUAGCGCAGACGAUGCUGCCUCUGCCGCCGUCGGCAGCAGCCGCGCGCGGUGGUGCCGGAUAGGCGCUUCCGUUUGCCUUAUCUUCGUCCUAUCCUUUGUGUUCCUUGUGCACACGUCCUUUGAUUACCGCUUGUACUGGUCGUUUCGUUGCCACGGCUGCAUCGGUAGCGGCGAGGUUCAACUCGCCCCUGCUACCGCCGCCGCCGUCGCUCCUUCUCCUGCCUCCGUUGAUCCCUCCCCUACCAAUCUCUCCCACAUCGUCUUUUGUAUCGGCGGAUCGGCGGCCACGUGGACCCGGCGGCGCGGCUACAGCGCGCUGUGGUGGCGCCCGGAGCGUACCCGCGGCCACGUAUGGCUCGACGAGGCUCCGCCCGCCGGGGCGUGGUCAGCCAGCGACCCCCCGUUCCGCGUGUCCGCCAACGCCUCGCGGUUCGGGAAUCGAGCGGCGCCGUCGCGGAUGGCACGGAUCGUGGCGGAGUCGCAACGGCUGCACGCCCAGGACGCGUCCGUCCGCUGGUUCGUCAUGGGCGACGACGACACUGUUUUCUUCGUCGACAACCUGGUGGCCACGCUGCGGAAAUAUGACCACGACGAGAUGUACUACGUCGGGACGCCGUCGGAGAGCGUGGAGCAGAACGACAUGCAUUCAUACGGCAUGGCCUUUGGCGGUGGAGGUUUCGCCGUCAGCGCCCCCGCGGCGGCCGAAUUCGCCAGAGUCAUCGACGGCUGCCUCGACCGUUAUGCCAAUCUUUACGGCAGCGACCAGCGCGUCCAGUCCUGCUUCACCGAGCUCGGAAUCCCGCUCACACGCGAGCCCGGAUUCCACCAACUGGACCUACGAGGCGACGCGUACGGGCUUCUGGCGGCGCACCCGGUGACGCCGCUGGUAACGCUGCACCACCUGGACUACUUGGCCCCCAUCAGGCCGGGUGAGGGGGGCGGCCGGCUCGGAGCCCUGCGCUCCCUGAUGGAGGCGUCCCUCUUCGACCCGGGCCGCAUCCUGCAGCAGUGCUUCUGCUACGAGGCCCAGCGGGGCUUCGCCUGGUCCGUCUCCGUGUCCUGGGGCUACACCGCGCAGCUGUACCCGCGCGCCUUGCCGGCCACUGAACUCGAGGUCCCGCUCCGCACCUUCAAGACCUGGAGGAGCUCUAGCCAAGGGCCUUUCACGUUCAACACGCGCCCCCUGGCGGAUGACCGGCCUUGCGAACGCCCGUUCCUGUUCUUCCUCGGGGGCAUAAGGGAGGGCAAGCGGAGGCCCGACGGGACCGGAACCACGGUGUCGGAGUACUCCCGGUACCCGAAGGGGGAGGCAGGGCGGUGCAAGGAACUGCCCGGCUUCGACGCGGCCUCGCGAGUGGAAACCGUCAAGGUGAUGGCGCCCAAGAUGGACAUGGCUUCGUGGAGACGAGCUCCGAGGAGGCAAUGUUGCCAAACGCGGUGGUCGCGGUGGGGGCGGCGGACACUGGAGGUGCGAAUAAGAAAUUGCCGGCCGGGAGAUCUAACGCCGCCCAUGUAAAUUUCCGACGACGGCGGACUGAUGCACGAGAGGAGGAGCGGCUUCUGUAAAAACUCAGGAUAUGAGGUUAAGGCCUUUUAGAUUAUACAAGUCUUAUUCAUAAUCACAUAAUAAAGAUUAUUUCAGUUCAAGUAAAUACAUUUCAAGCAUUAUGUGGCGGCUUCUGUAAAAAUCAGGAUAUGAGGUUAAGACCUUUUAGAUCAUACAGGUCUUAUUCAUAAUCACAUAAAAAAGAGUAAUUCAGUUCAA